AUGUCUUUUCUCACUCGCACCAUCAACACAAGCAGGACCGUCGCAUUUGCGACACCUGUAUCACGAAUUGCUGCGGCUCGAACGUCGCGGACGUUUACCACCUCACUAGCCGCUCAGAAGACCGCCACCGAGACUGUGAAGGAUGAGCUCAAGCACAUUGACAGAGUUGUGAGCGACAAGCUCGUGGAUGGAAUCAACAUUGCUACCGCCGCAUCACAUAAAGUCAAAGAAACAGCCGAGGACCUUUCCAGAAGCGGUGUCGCUAGCCAGGUAGAAGGUGAAGCGGCCCAUGCCAGAGCCAAGGCAGAGGAGAUGAAAGGUCGCGCCGCAGGCAAGGCUCAGGAGAUGAAGGGCAAAGCAAAGGGAGCUGCUGCGGAGACAAAGGGCAAAGCCAAGGAAAAUUUGGAGGAGAUGCAGAGCAAUUUGUUUGAAUAA